ACUAAUUAAGGUAUACGUUAAAAAGUUUCAGUUCCCAUAAUGAAGAACUUAGCUAUCUUCGUUUUUCUUGCCAUUUUCAUGGCAUUUGCUGCCACCCUUUCAGCAUCAAUUCAAGAGCAAACAAUGCUAAUGAAAGAAGAAGCAGACAAUAACGAUAUGGCUGAAGCAGUGAAAGCUGAUCCAAUUAGCUUCGGUAAAAAAGAUACACAUAAAACAACAAUUCGAGGAACAGCAGGUAAUUCUGUUGCUAAGGAAAACUUUCAUUUCUGGAGAAUUCAUGAGAGAAUAUUUGGAAGCAAAUUUACAUGCAGCAAGAACCCUAAAAUAUGCCUUGCCAAGGGUAGUCCAGGCCCCUUCUGUUGCAAGAAUAAGUGCAUGAACUUUUUAAUGGACAAAGAAAACUGUGGUUUUUGUGGGAAGAAGUGCAACUUCAAUGAGAUUUGCUGCAGAGGCUUCUGUGUUAAGACUUUGUUUGGAAAAAAAUACGCAGGGCAUUGUGGGAUUUGAAAGCAUAAUAAUUACUUAGCUAUCUAUGUCAUUAGUACAAUUAUAUUUUCAUAUGUUAAGAGAACAAUAAUAAUUUGUCUGAACAAAUAAAUGCCUAUUAUAUUAGGCAUAUAAGGUUAUAGUUAUGUUUUA